GUUCCGCUGGGUGCCCCCGCCCACACGCUAACUCCUUAGGUCCGGCCAGGCUGAAGCGCUGCUGCCAGAGCGCAGGAUCCGAGACGUGGCUCCCCGGGGCGGAAGAACCAUGUUGGACUUCGCGAUCUUCGCCAUAACCUUCUUGCUGGCGUUGGUGGGAGCGGUGCUCUACCUUUACCCGGCUUCUAGACAAGCUUCAGGAAUUCCAGGGAUUACUCCAACUGAAGAAAAAGAUGGUAAUCUUCCAGAUAUUGUGAAUAGCGGAAGUUUACACGAGUUCCUGGUUAAUUUGCAUGAGAGAUAUGGGCCUGUGGUCUCUUUCUGGUUUGGCAGGAGCCUUGUGGUUAGUUUGGGCACUGUUGAUGUACUGAAGCAGCAUAUCAACCCUAAUAAGACAUUGGACCCUUUUGAAACGAUGCUAAAGUCAUUAUUAAGGUAUCAAUCUGGUGGUGGUAGUGCGAGUGAAAACCACAUGAGGAAAAAAUUGUAUGAAAAUGGUGUGACUAAUUCUCUGCAGAGUAAUUUUGCUCUCCUGCUAAAGCUUUCAGAAGAAUUAUUAGACAAAUGGCUCUCCUACCCAGAGCACCAGCAUGUACCCCUCAGCCAGCAUAUGCUUGGUUUUGCUAUGAAGUCUGUUACACAAAUGGUAAUGGGUAGUACAUUUGAAGAUGACCAGGAAGUCAUUCGCUUCCAGAAGAAUCAUGGCACAGUUUGGUCUGAAAUUGGAAAAGGAUAUUUAGAUGGGUCACUUGAUGAAAGUACAACUCGGAAAAAGCAAUAUGAAGAUGCCCUUAUGCAACUGGAAUCUAUUUUAAAGAAAAUCAUAAAGGAACGAAAAGGAAGGAAUUUUGGUCAACAUAUUUUCAUUGACUCCUUAGUACAGGGGAACCUUAAUGACCAACAGAUCCUAGAAGACAGUAUGAUAUUUUCUCUGGCCGGUUGCAUAAUAACUGCAAAAUUGUGCACCUGGGCAAUCUGUUUUUUAACCACCUGUGAAGAAGUUCAGAAAAAACUAUAUGAAGAGAUAAACCAAGUUUUUGGGAAUGGUCCUAUUACUCCAGAGAAAAUUGAACAGCUCAGAUUUUGUGACAUGCUCGAGGAGACCUUCCGCAUUGUAAGAUCAACAAAAUGAUGGCCUGUUGUUUUGUGUCUGUUAGGUCUUGACUAACUAGACUGAUUUUUUUCACAGACCCUUGUCCUGUACGCCCUUGGUGUGGUACUUCAGGAUCCUAAUACUUGGCCAUCACCAUACAAGUUUGAUCCAGAUCGGUUUGAUGAUGAAUCAGCAAGGAAAACUUUCUCCUCACUUGGAUUCUCAGGCACACAGGAAUGCCCAGAGUUGAGGUUUGCAUAUAUGGUGACCACAGUACUCCUGAGUGUAUUGGUGAAGAGACUGUACCUACUUUCUGUGGAGGGACAAGUUAUUGAAACAAAGUAUGAACUGGUAACAUCGUCAAGGGAAGAAGCUUGGAUCACUGUCUCAAAGAGAAAUUAAAAUUUAUACAUUUUAAAUCUCUGUUAAAUAGACUGAGGAAAAUAACCAUUUAGAAAAUGUGUGUUGAAUCCUUUUAUAAACCAAGUAUCAUUUUGUAAUAUCAACUCCUAUUAGUACUUCAUUAUG